AAUAUCCAAAAGAAUAUGACAAACGGAUCAAUGAAGAAAUAAUACCCUUUUUAAAGAAGAUUCGUUAGGAAUAUUCUUAGGUUCUUCCCGCUUAUGCUUAAACAUAACCCGAGUUUUUACCUUUUUUUUCUUCAAACUUUUUCUCUCUCCUUUUUCAUAUAAAACCCCCCAAAAAUUAUGCAUUGUUGCAAAUUCAAUACAAUCUCUUCUUUUUACAUAAACCCCCGUUUUCUUGGCGUAAUCCCAUUUUAUUUUAAUUAUUAUUCUCUCUCUAAACACUAUCUCUCUUCUCUAAAUUUCACAAAAAUGGCUGCUUUGAAGGCUGCUCACGUUUCCGACGUUCCGAAUCUUGAUCAUGUCCCGGAAUCCGCCUCUCUUCUCUCCUCCCGGUUCUCACCGAGAGGGGUGGAGGUUGGUAAUAAGAGUAACGUAUUAAAAGCGGGAAAAUUCAUGGUGAUCGGACAUCGUGGGAGUGGGAUGAAUAGAUUACUGUCUUCCGAUCCUAGGAUGAAGUCGAUUAAAGAAAAUUCGAUUCUUUCUUUUAAUGCUGCUGCUUCCUUCAACCUCGAUUACGUCGAAUUUGACGUUCAGGUGACAAAAGAUGGAUGCCCAAUUAUUUUCCACGAUGACUACAUCUACACAGAGGAACAUGGCAUAGUAUAUGAAAAGAGAGUGACAGACUUAACUCUAAACGAGUUUCUUACCUACGGUCCACAAAAGGAUGCAGGAAAUGUCUCUAAACCACUCUUGAGGAAAAACAAGGAUGGCAAAAUCACUAAAUGGGAUGUCAACUCUGAUGACACCCUUUGCACCUUGCAAGAGGCCUUCGACAAGGUUGAUCCUAAGUUGGGUUUUAAUGUUGAGUUGAAAUUCGAUGAUCAUAUUGUUUACCAAGAAGAUCAACUCGUCAAUACUCUUCAAUCAGUCUUACAGGUUGUGUAUGAGUCUGCCAAGGAUAGACCUAUAAUAUUUUCGACAUUCCAGCCAGACGCGGCCCUUCUAGUAAGGAAACUACAGGGUACAUACCCUGUAUUUUUCUUGACAAAUGGAGGAACUGAGGCUUACUAUGAUGUUAGACGAAACUCGUUAGAGGAAGCCAUUAAGCUUUGUCUAGAAGGCAGUUUACAAGGCAUCGUUUCCGAGGUUAAGGGGGUGUUCCGAAACCCUGGAGCUGUGAGCAAGAUCAAGGACUCUAAGCUCUCUUUACUCACUUACGGCACUCUAAAUAAUGUAUCGGAAUCAGUCUACCUGCAACAUUUGAUGGGGAUCGACGGAGUGAUAGUCGAUUUUGUUCAAGACAUAACAGAAGCAGUAAAUAAUCUAAUUAAGCCAGUGAAGGCAGAGGAAGAAGUUUCAUCACAGGAAGAUACAAAGCCGCAAUUUUCUCAGACAGAGCUUUCGUUUCUGCUUAAGCUUAUUCCUGAGUUAAUACAGCAGUGAAAAAUUGAUUAAUUGAUUGAAUUAGGGGAGCUUGUAUUGCAUCUUAUCUUAUGAUGUUAAAGCCAAUCUUUAAAUAUUCUCGGAAUUUUUCAUUUUGAAUUAGGAUUCACGUACCACUCACUAGAUAAUUGAGUUUGGAGGUAGCCACAUUAUUUGUAAUCAUGGUUUAACUCUGUACAUAGUAUCCACCACAUGAAGGUUAACCUCCAUUAAGAUUUAAUUUUAAGCGUAUGCGAUUUGUACUAUCAACAUGUAAGAGAGUUUUUAAUGUUGAAUACACCAUUCGCAGUAACA